UGGUUUAAAUUAGUGUUGAUGCUUUUAUUUACUAUCUCAAUUAACACCCGCGGGAAGCUGGAGCAUUCACGUCGUGAUCACAGAAAAGCGUCGUGUUUUUCUGAUGGAUUAACAUACGAUCUGAACUCAGCCCAGGUCAAACCGCUCCUCUCUCCUCCCCUCUCCGUUUUUUCUCCUCCUCUCCCUCCCCUAUGCUCAGUUCGGUGUGUGUCUCCUCAUUCAAAGGGCGCAAGGGUGGGAACAAGUCGUCCAACAAAGCAUGUUACAGCGCCGACAUGACUUGCCCGUCGGAAAGCGAGAAAAUCGUCAUCAACUGCGGCGGCGUGCGGCACGAGACGUACCGGAGCACCCUGAAGACGCUCCCCGGUACGCGGCUGUCGUGGCUCACUGAACCGGACGCCUUCAGCAACUUCGACUAUGACCCGAAGUCCGACGAGUUUUUCUUCGACCGGCACCCGUCCGUGUUCUCGUUCAUCCUCAACUACUACCGGACGGGCAAGUUGCACUGCCCCAACGACGUGUGCGGCCCGCUGUUCGAGGAGGAGCUCGCUUUUUGGGGCAUCGACGAGACCGACGUGGAGGCGUGCUGCUGGAUGAACUACCGGCAGCACCGGGACGCGGAGGAGGCGCUGGACAGCUUUGAGACGCCCGAACCGGAGGUGCCGGACGACGACCCAGCGCUCGCAGGAGACGGAGACCUGAAGCGGCUGUGCCUGCAGGAGGACGGCAGGAAAGCGGGAUGGUGGCGCGUGUGGCGUCCGCGGAUCUGGGCGCUUUUCGAGGACCCAUACUCGUCCAAAUACGCGCGGUAUGUGGCGUUUGGAUCGCUUCUCUUCAUCCUCAUCUCCAUCUCCACCUUCUGCAUGGAGACGCACGAGGCGUUCAACACCAUCUACAACAAGACGGAGAACGUGACGGAGGGCAACGUGACGCGGGAGGAGAUCGUCUACGAGGUGGUGACCGACAGCUGGCUGACGUACGUAGAGGGAGUGUGUGUGGUGUGGUUCACCAUUGAGGUCUUCACCCGUGUCAUCUUCUGCCCCGACAAGAUGGAGUUCUUCAAGAGCCCGCUCAACAUCAUUGACUUUGUGGCCGUCCUGCCGUUCUACCUGGAGGUGGGACUCAGCGGACUCUCCUCUAAAGCGGCCAAAGACGUGCUGGGCUUCCUCCGCGUGGUGCGCUUCGUUCGAAUUCUGCGUAUUUUCAAGCUGACGCGUCACUUUGUGGGCUUGCGUGUUCUGGGACACACUCUUCGCGCCAGCACUAAUGAGUUCCUGCUGCUGAUCAUCUUCCUGGCUCUCGGCGUGCUCAUUUUCGCCACCAUGAUCUACUACGCUGAAAGAAUAGGCGCUAGUCCGGAUGAUCCGACGGCGAGCGCGCACACCAACUUCAAGAACAUCCCCAUUGGGUUCUGGUGGGCCGUGGUGACCAUGACCACUUUGGGAUAUGGAGAUAUGUACCCGGAGACGUGGUCUGGGAUGCUGGUGGGGGCGCUGUGUGCGUUGGCGGGUGUGCUGACCAUCGCUAUGCCCGUUCCUGUGAUCGUCAAUAACUUCGGCAUGUAUUAUUCGCUGGCCAUGGCUAAGCAGAAGCUGCCUAAGAAGAAGAAUAAGCACAUCCCGCGGGCGCCGCAGCCUGGAUCGCCUAAUUACUGCAAGCCGGACGCGCUGGCUAUGGCCACGGCUUCACCACAGAGGAUCUUGGGUAACGUGCUGGGUGGCGUGCUGGGCUCGAGCGGGCUGACAGGAGACUGUCCGCUCGCUCAGGAGGAGAUCAUCGAAAUCAACAGAGACUCAAAGCAGAACGGUGACGCCGCCAGCGCCGCUCUAGCAAACGAGGACUGUCCCACAAUCGAUCAGGUUCUGAGUCCGGACGAGCGCAGCCCUGUGGGCCGAACACAAGAGCGUUACCAGCAAGACAGAGCCUGCUUUCUCCUCAACACACGAGAGUUUCGACCCACUGAUGGAAAUGUGCGGAAAGGCCGUCAGUGCAGCGCCAGAGUUUCUAAUGCGUGACUGUGGUGUUAAGUUUCUAGCAUUUGGCAAUUCUUUUAAGGAGACGCGGUUAGUUGCUGAAUCCUGACAGUUUUGCCGAUGGGGUCGUACCAUCCACACGGGACAUGGGAGGAAUGUCGGACUGGCAAAAGGGUGAGACUGGAAAAAAUAAAGCUAAAUAAUAUAUAUGUAUAUGUAAGGAAGGAAACUGGAAUUUUCCAAGACCGGAUCUUCACAUGGUAACCAAAGCAACCUCACCGAAAUUCCGGAUCACUCCUCUUUCUACAGACUGACUGACUUUACAGCAACAAAACUGAACAUUGCACUGACACCUGAAAGAGGGAAAAGACUCUUAAAGGAACGAACGGAAAAACAAAACAAAAAAACAUUCCAAUGAUUUAAGAUCAAAACACCAGGCGUUUUGACUGCCGUGCUCACCUGGGCCCUGAGUUUCUGUAUAUUAGCCUAUAUGUAAGAAUGAAGGACCAAGUUAGAAUAAUUAUGUAGCAUUUCUGCUAAGACCUUGUAGCAUUUCUUGGCUGGGAGAAACUCUCCAGAGACUUUUUACAGACUGAUAUUCAUUGACCGUUUGCACAGAAUGACUAAAAAUGGCUUAGUCAUGCACAAUUUCUUCUUUUCUUCCCCCACUCAGCAUAUUAGCAGCAAAAAUGUGUUGUUCGUGCAUUGCCGUGUGGUAGUUCCCACUUCCCCGUCCCAGAAAAAAAAACAAAAGUCUGAGUCUUAGAGUAGCUUUUCUUUGUGAAUGAAUCUAGAGCACUGAAAAGUGAAACGCAGCACUCUGCUUUGGUACGUUGCUAUUCCCAAAACAGUCUUCCAGUUUUUUCCCCCAAUGUUCAGGGGAGGCAACAUCGAAAACACAGUCCUGACAGACCAAAGCCCAACUGUGACCAAAUAACGUAAGCUAAAAUGGCACAAAAUCACUUACGAAACAAUGUUCCCUGCCAGAUCUGAACUUUUUUGUCCCUUUAAAUACUAACGGAUUGGCUGUUCUGCCAGGGGUGCUGUCUUUAUAAUUCCCUUAAACCGAGGACUUCCCAAAGUGGAAUUCCCCAAUCUAGAGGUUUAUUUUCUGAUUUAUUUAGUAGAGCUGAUGCUGCCAUAGAUUAUAUACGUGCACAUGCCAGUGCUUGGACCAAUAAAAAGCGUUUUUGCUUUGUGGAAAGAGGGUAUAAAGGUCAGGGAUGUGCAUUCUUGUAAUCUCCCUUUCCGAGAGAAAAAAAAAAACGUCUACGUAAGACGUGUCUAAAACUGCCUUCAGAGUUUCCCUCCAUCUCUGUCUUCUUUCUCUCCUAUUGGCUCGACAGCUUCGUUCCAUCUUAACUAAUCAGAGGGAACGCGAGAAGUCAACGAACCAAUCAAGAAGAAUAAAUGACUACGUUUACAUGGACGUCAGUAAUCGAAUGAUAUGCCUUAAUCUGAAUAAGACAAUAAUAUGAUUAAGUUGUUCACAUGAGUUGCUUUGAAAUGUUCCUUUCAUGAUCCUGUUUUACAUGUUUUAGCACAUAAUUCGAUUAACGUCAUUGCGUCACCAUGCUAUCCACAUUUCCUCAAGAGAUUCAUGUAAUUUCGGAUGUUUUAUUUUUAAUUUGUCGACUUUAACUGCAGUUCGGCACUUUCACUUUCAUUCAGGAACAUUUCAUGCAUGCCCCUGUGACAAACUGAGAUAUUGGAUGCUAGUAUGAACUGCUGGAAGAGUGUAGUUUUAAUGGAAUUUGAUAUCGUGCGCCGAAUUGGGGAAAAUAAGCCUCCGCAUUUUGCUAUGCAGGAGUCUGUGGUCCUCGGUAGGUGCAGAGAAUAGCGUCAAACAGUCGUGUGUAUAGACUAUCCUGUAGCAAAAUGCAACGUAAAUCCUACAUGACAGUAAUAGUUUGAUUGUGGUGUUUACAUAAAUCAAUAAUGCGACUAAAGUCGGCAUACUCCACAUGUCUAAAUUCCAUUUCUGUUUAGUUCAAUUAUGACUUUAGUCAGAUUAAGGUCAUCAAAAAUCACAGUUUACAUGGUAGACUCUUAAUCAGAGUAUUGUCUUAAUCGCAUUAAUAUCGGAUUAUUGGUGUCCAUGUAAAUAUACUCAAUGACUAUGUUUACAUGGACAUCAGUAAUCGAAUUAUUUGCCUUAAUCUGAAUAAGACAAUAAUAUGAUUAAGGUGUUUACAUGAGUUGCUUUUCGAGUGUUCCUUUCAUGAUCCCGUUUUACAUGUUAUAGCACAUAAUUCGAUUAACAUCAUUGCGCUAUCUACGUUUCAUGUCAUUUCUGGUGUUUCAUUCUUAAUUUGUCGACUUUAACUGCAGUUUGGCACUUUAAUUUUUGAACAUGUCAUGUAUACCCCCCCUGACAAACGAGAUAUUGGAUGCGACUGUGAACUGCUGGAGGAGUGUAGUUUUAAUGGAAUUUGAUGACGUAUAGGUAAAAAACCUCCGCAUUUCGCAAUGCAGAUGUCUGUGGUCCAUCACUGACUUGGUGGUGCAGAAAAUUUGAAAAAAAUGCGGCGAAAAUCCUACACAACGGUAACAGUUUAAGGUGUUUACAUAAAUCAAUAAUGCGACUAAAAUAGGCAUACUCCACAUGUCUUAAUCUGAUUUCUGUUUAGUUCGAUUAUGACUUUAAUCAGAUUAAGGUGAUCAAAACUCGCUGUUUACAUGGUAGACUCUAAAUCAGAGUAUUGUCUUAAUCGUAUUAAAAUCGGAUUAUUGGUGUCCAUGUAAACAUAUUCAAUGUCGGAAAAAAACAACAAAUUUAUAUUUUAAUACGUAGUUGCAUUGACAUCUGGAUGAUUCUCGAGGAAAUACCGAUGUCUGAUUGUGACGGUUAAAAUGCGACAGCGACCACCUUAUUUACACAAAAGAAAUGAACGAAAAAAUAUCGCACUCUUUUUGUUGUUGUUUUCGGAGGGAGGGUGCAAAAAAAGAACAUGCUCCAUUUAGAGAUUGUUUCCUCAGACUGAACUGUGAGAAAAUGGAUGUCAAAAUAUACGAUAACGACAAAAAAAAAAAAACUAACGAGAAAAAAAAAAUACUUGGAGAGAGAAAAAAAAAUGCAUUUUUGUAACUUUGUUUACCAGCAUGAGAAACUUUGCAUGACUGUAUUUUCUGCUCGCCCUUAGUUGAAGUGGGGAGGGCUAAAAUAAUAAUAAUUUAAAAAAAGAUGAAGAUGUUAAUAAAAAUACAUAAAUGAAUAAAAAAACAUGAUAUGCAAUGGAUAUUUAAGAAGAAUAAUAUAUUUAAAAGAGCUAUAUUUUGUUUUGAAAUAGAAAGAAAAUGUGAAUAAAUUCCGACGCACACACACACAC